UAUACCAAAACUAUCUACAGCCAUUUUAUAGACUUGAAAUCCGCCGAUUCUGAAACUGUAGAGAUGCAUUUCUGUGUUCUUUUAGCGGUUCUGGGGUUGUUCAUUGCGCAAUUCUAUGAGGCGAAGUCUAGUAAGAGCGAUCUAACAGAACGCAAGCGAGUUGGUCGCGCGACGCCGAAAUCGUGUGACUGCAUCCUCAAUGGCAAUCGAUAUGUACAGGUGUGUCAGUGUGGCUGUGUAGACCACAUUGCCGGACAAGCAUAUAAACCUUGCUGUACAAUCUGUGACUGUUUCCCAGGCGACGCUCGCCUCCUACUGGACAACGGUAACGUCGUGGUAAUGAAGGACCUCAGAUCAGGAUAUCGCAUUCUAACAGUAAAAGAUGGCCGGCGUGUGUUUUCUGAAGUAAAAACUUUCUUGCAUCGCCAACCCUACAAAAACACCACCUAUUUGACCUUGACCACGGACCAGGGAAACCUGCUGACGAUGACAGGAAACCACCUUCUCUUCGCUUCAACAAACAACCAAUCAACUGGCAUGGAAGCUAGACCUGCGAGUUCCGUGAAAAAAGGAGAUUACAUUUUUUCCGCAAAGUCGUGUCCACGUGGUCUCUGCCCAGAGAGAGUGGUCCAAAUCUCUUUCUCAACAAAACAAGGUUUAUACGUUCCAGUGACGGACGAAGGGACUCUAGUGGUGGACGGAAUGUUUGCGUCGUGUUAUUCUUUCAUAGAGCACGACUUCGCACAUCUCGCCGUAUUCCUCUUCCGCUCGUUUCCAUGGAUACUGCAACCAUGGCAGCACGAUGGUUUUAGUCCAAUUCUGUCAGGUCUGCAGUCUUUGGGUACUGUAAUUCUUCCCAACUGUGUCCUCAGACUAGGAUAAAUGUGUUCUUCAACUCCAGACUGGAUCAAUGGAAACCAUUGUUGAAAAGUGUUUGCACAAAA